GCGGAGGGACUUUAUUCCCCAUUUACUCAGUCGGCACAGAAAAACCAGUGUCACUCUGGCCUCCAUUAUCUCAAGUGCUUCACGUCACAAAAGGCCAUUAUAUACUGGUUAUUGGUGGUUAUUGAAACGUACGCUAAGGACGCCGAUAGUCGUCACAGCGCAUGAGCGGCCCGGCCAGUCCAAGCGACGCUUGCAGUAGACACGCACGUCGCGCCGCGCACCCAUGCAACGUCGCGACGCCUUGACAAACCAAGGGUUUAAACCCCGCUAUGGAUAAUUUUAUAACUAAAAAUAUUUGUUUAUAGUGUGUGGGAAUUAUAGUGACUUGACUUUAUUAUUAAAACUUGCGAAGAUGAGACAAAACGACGAUCUUCCCGAAAGGAUAGCCCAAUUCAAAGCUGAUCCUGAAAAACUACGACAGGCCAAUGAGUUUGUAGACCAACUUAUACAGCAAGCUAAAAAAGAGGCAGAGCUUAAACAAAAACAGAAAGAGCGAAGUAAAUUCGACUCACAGGAAACGGACUCUGGUAACCUGAAACGGCGGUUGGGCCGCGCACGGGGCCUCGUGCUCCGUAUGUUCGACGCCCUCUGCAACUGCACGCAAACUGCCGCGGCCGCUGCCCGCACUACCGCACGCAACAACCCGUUCACUAAACGCUAAUCUUGUAACUUGAGAAGCUGGCCCGCACGCGGGGCUUCGUUAUCCAUAUGUUCGACCUCUUCAACUGCACGCAAACCGCCGCGGCCCCUGCCCGCACUACUGCGCGAACUCCUACACUUAACGCUCAUCUUGUAUCUUGAAAAACUGGCCCGCGUGCGGGGUCUCGUGAUCCGUAUGUUUCAAUCUCUUCAACGGCACGGAAAUUGCCGUGCCCCCCGCCCGCACUUGUAUCUUGAAAAGCUGGCCCGCGCGCCCUGCAAACCACCGUAGUUGCCACCCGCACAACUGCCUGAAUUAACUAUUUUAAAUACUUAACGCUAAACUUGUAACCUAAAGAACAACAGGGACGCGGACCUUUGUGUUCUUCCAAAUUAUACACAAACCGUCGUGGUUGCCCGUUGCCCUCAACUCCUUCACUACCUAAGUGAUCAACUGAUCAUAUUUCAAGACACUAAUCAAGAGUUUGUUCGAGUUGCAGAUAGUAAAGGACAAAUGGGACAUUUUCGGAAAUAUCAGUA